AUGGAGGGCGCCGAGCCCCGCGCGCGGCCCGAGCGUCCGGCCGAGGCCGAGGCCGAGGCGCGGGCGGCCGACGGCGGGCGCCUGGUGGAGGUGCAGCUGAGCGGCGGCGCCCCGUGGGGCUUCACCCUGAAGGGCGGACGCGAACACGGUGAGCCCCUCGUCAUCACCAAGAUUGAAGAAGGAAGUAAAGCCGCAGCAGUCGACAAGUUACUGGCCGGAGACGAGAUCGUUGGCAUCAAUGACAUCGGUCUCUCGGGAUUUAGACAGGAAGCAAUUUGCCUGGUGAAGGGGUCCCAUAAGACCCUGAAGCUGGUGGUCAAAAGGAAGAGUGAGCCGAGCUGGAGGCCUCACUCCUGGCACGCCACCAAGUUCUCUGACAGCCACGUCGAGCCGGUGGCCUCUCUGUUCCCCUCUGACAGCGGCUGCCCUUCCUGGCACGGCCGGCACCAUGCGAGUUCUUCCUCCCAUGACCUGUCCAGUUCGUGGGAGCAGACGAGCCUGCAGCGCACCUCUGGCCACUUCAGCUCCCUGGGGAGCGUGGACAGCCUGGACCACCCCUCGCACCCCUACCCCUCUGGCCGUCUCUCCGCGGCCAAGUCCAACAGCAGCAUCGACCAUCUGGGCGGCCAUGGCCAGCGUGACUCGGCCUACGGCUCCUUCUCCACCAGCUCCAGCACUCCCGACCACACCUUGUCCAAGGCCGACGCCUCCUCCACGGAGAACAUCCUCUACAGCGUGGGCCUCUGGGACGCCUCUAGGCAGGGUGGCAGCUGGCAAGGCCAGGCUGCCAGUGACCCUCAAGGCCUAGAGGACAGGCUGGGGUGCUUCUUGCCCAGGGUCCCUGGUGACAGCAGUAACAGCCCCAGGCCAGAGGACAGUGCUGAGCCGAAGCCGGCUUCUUCUGGGAGGGCCAAUUUUGGGCCGGUCUGGUAUGUUCCUGACAAGAGAAAAGCACCUUCCUCCCCACCGCCGCCCCCACCCCCUCUCCGCAGUGAUAGCUUCGCUGCCACUAAGAGCCAUGAGAAGCCCCAGGGUCCCCCGCUCUCAGAGGCGGCCACCAUGAAGCACUUUACGGCCCCGGCCCGGGCUCAUCCCCACAGUGAUUGGAGACCAGACCCCAGCGACCGGCCACGGAGGCCGGUGCGCUCCAGCUGCGGGAAGGGAGCCCCAGGCCCAGGCUACGUGCAGGAGGCCCACCUGGACUGCAGCUGGCCGUCCUCUGAAGACAGGGCUCCUGGCAGGCUCCAGGCCUCUCUGUCCAGCACAGACAUGCGCUUCCUGCAGCCUCCCCACGGGGGCCAGCACCCGCACCAGUACAGUGACGAGAGCCCUGUGGCCCCGGGCCUCAGGCCGGAGCCUCUUACUGCCCACUUCCAGGAUGGCAGCCACCCUCAGGUGAGGGGGCUCGGCGCUGCCGACCAGAAGGUGGAUGUCAGCGGGCAGGGCCCCCGUCACUGCGUGCCCACCAGGCAGCCCCUGCAGGCGGGCGCCAAGGCAGCACAGCCCCAAGGGGGAUGCUGGCCUCCCGACACGGCCCUGGGGGCCCUCCAGCGUCCUCCCUCUCAGCUGGUGGGCCAGAGCCCACGCCGUCACCUGCCUCAGCAUGAGGGCGUUCUGGGUGUCCGUGAGACAGGAUGGUGUCACCCCCCAGACGCAGGGGCUGAGGGCUGCUCCACAGCGACCCAGGAGCCUCUCGGGGCCAGCCACGUUGACAGAGCUGGCCAGCAGACAGCGGCAGACGGCUUCAAGUGGGAGGACAGAGAGAGCAGCAGGAUCUCUCGCCAUAAGACACCCCUGCUGCACUCCUUGACCCAGGAGGGGACGCGCCAGCCAGAGAACAGCCAGGGUGGUGGCAUAGCGAAGCCACCGCCGUUUGACGCCCAGGUGGGCAGACCCACUCGGAGGAGCGACCGGUUUGCCACCACGCUGCGGAAUGAGAUCCAGAUGCGCAGGGCCAAGCUGCAGAAGAGCAAGAGCACGGCCACUCUGACUGGAGCCGGUGACGCGGAGGACGCCGCAGCAGGCUGGAGGGCUGAGUUGGGAGGGGCUGCCUGCACCCCCCCAGAAGGACCCUUCACUGGCACCUACAAGGACCACCUGAAGGAGGCCCAAGCCCGGGUCCUGAGGGCCACGUCUUUCAAGCGCCGUGACUUGGACCCCAACCCGGUGGACCAGUGCCCGAGGUCACCGGAACACAGGAUGGGGCACCAUGGGGCCUCACCCUCCUUCCCUGGGGAUCCGGACACUGUCCCCCCCUUCUGGGAAACAGGCCAGGCCAAGCCAGCCUCGUCUGGAAGUGGUGUGCCCCACAUUCCCCGCAUCAGAGGCCGGAAGCGGUUCACGGCAGAGCAGAAGCUGAAGUCGUACUCUGAACCAGAGAAAAUGAAUGAGGUCGGCCUCUCAGCGGGCUGCGGUCCUCGCCAGCUCCCCAGGACACCUGAGGAAACCAUGGGCACUUUUGCCGAUAGGUGGAAGUUUUUUGAGGAAACAAGCAAGCCGCUUCCCCAGAGGCCCGGACAGAGACAGGCACUUCAUGCAUUCCCAAGGGAGAAGCCGCGGACAGCAGGCCCUGGGUAUGAGGGCGCAGACCCCUGGCUGCGCACCAGCUCGUUCGGGGAGAGCCUCGGUGGUCACAGAAAAGCAGAAAUGUCAGGGAAACUGGAACCGCCACAGAGACUCGGAACCUUCGCAGAGUAUCAGGCCUCCUGGAAAGAACAGAGGAAACCUCUGGAAGCCAGGAGUUCUGGGCGAUACCACUCAGCAGAUGACAUUCUGGACGCGGGUCUGGACCCACAAGAGAGGCCGCGCUACAUUCACGAAAGGUCCCGGUCAUCACCGUCCACGGACCACUACAAACAGGAACCUUCUGUCCAACCUCGAAGGCACGCGGAGGACGCCAGGGAGCACAGAGAACUGCCCUCCACGGUCCAUGCCGAGGAGGGGCGGUCCACUCCGAGACAAGCAGAUGCCCAGUGUCAGGAAGGCAGUGCAGGCACAGGGCGGCACCCACCCAGUCAGAACCCACAGGAGCCACCCACGUCCUCUGAAUCAUCUCACACGUGGAAAGCCCCAGCACCGCCCCCGGAGGGCCGUGGCCGAGCGGGGACGCUACCUCGCGACUACAGAUACCCGGAGGAGAGCACCCCGGCAGCCUCGGGGCGACACGCCCGGGGACAGGACUCCCAGCCACCGAGCGCGGCCCCCCGUCCACCCAGGAAGGUCCGCGGCCCCGAGGGCACACCUGCCCCUGCGCACCUGGUGGCCCCGGGCAGGGCCCUCUCUGUGCCCCCAGAGGACACGUGCGUGGCCUGCCUGUCCCUCCCCCACGGCCCCUCCGUGUCCCGCAGUGCCCAGCCCCAGGACGCCCCGGAGGCUGCUGCCUGCCAGCAUGUGAGCCAAGGUGCCGCCCGCCCCGAGCCGCAAGCCCCGCCGCCCCCCGUGGGCCGGGCCCUGCCCCUGCGCACGGCCAUGGAUACCUCGCGCUCCCCCUCGCCUCAGUUCGCCCCCCAGAAGCUGACGGACAAGCCCCCCCUGCUCAUGCAGGAUGAGGAGUCAACAAGAAUCGAGCGGGUGAUGGACAACAACACCACGGUGAAGAUGGUGCCCAUCAAGAUUGUGCAUUCGGAGAGCCAGCCCGAGAGGGAGAGCCGCCAGAGCCUGGCACGCCCUGCUGAGCUGCCCGCCCUGCCCAGCGGGCUGGAGAAAGACCAGAUCAAGACGCUGAGCACAUCUGAGCAGUUCUACUCCCGCUUCUGCGUGUACACGCGGCAGGGCGCCGAGCCUGAGCCCCCCGGUGCCUGGGCGCCCCCCGAGAAAGACGGCUGUGCCUCCCCGCCUGGGCUCAGCUAUGUUAAGGCCAAAGAGAAGACCGUGGAGGACCUGAAGUCGGAGGAGCUGGCCAGGGAGAUCGUGGGGAAGGAUAAGUCCCUGGCCGACAUCCUGGAUCCCAGCAUGAAAAUAAAAACCACCAUGGACCUGAUGGAAGGGAUCUUCCCCAAAGACGAGCACCUCCUGGAAGAAGCUCAGCAGCGGAGGAAGCUGCUCCCCAAAAUUCCGUCACCUAGAACCGCAGAGGAGCGGAAAGAGGAGCCGCGUGCGCCUGCGGCUGUGUCCCUGGCCACCAAUUCUACCUACUACAGCACGUCGGCACCCAAGGCGGAGCUGCUCAUCAAGAUGAAGGACCUGCAGGAACAGCAGGAGCCGGAGGAGGACUCAGGGAGCGAUGUGGACCACGACCUAUCCGUGAAGAAGCAGGAGCUCAUCGAGAGCAUCAGCCGCAAGCUGCAAGUGCUCCGGGAGGCCCGGGAGAGCCUGCUGGAGGAGGUUCAGGCCAACGCCGUGCUGGGGGCUGAGGUGGAGGCCAUCGUGAAGGCUGUGUGCAAGCCCAGCGAGUUUGACAAGUUCCGGAUGUUCAUCGGGGACCUGGACAAAGUGGUGAAUCUGCUGCUGUCGCUGUCAGGCCGCCUGGCCCGGGUGGAAAAUGCCCUCAAUAAUUUGGACGACAGCGCUUCUCCUGGUGAUCGGCAAUCCCUGCUCGAGAAGCAGAGGGUGCUCAUCCAGCAGCACGAGGACGCCAAGGAACUCAAGGAGAACCUGGACCGCAGGGAGCGCAUCGUCCUGGACAUCCUGGCCAGCUAUCUCAGCCAGGAGAGCCUGGCGGACUACGAGCACUUUGUGAAGAUGAAGUCAGCGCUCAUCAUCGAGCAGCGGGAGCUGGAAGACAAAAUACACCUCGGAGAAGAGCAGCUGAAGUGCUUGUUCGACAGCCUUCAGCCGGAAAGAGGCAAAUAAGA